AGCUCCAAGCCACAAGGGUUAGUAGAAGCCUUGACAGAAUCUACUGUUCUUGUCCAUGGAAUUGAAGAAAUCACAGUUACGACUUCUCCAGCUACAGUCUCACCAGUGAAAUCUUGCCUUCCUUCAUUGGUUACUCUCUCGAAUCCAUCUUCUACUGCCUUAGGAGAGAAUCAAAUGCAGCUUGAAACAGCUGUAGUUGGGGCUAACAAGGCAGUUGUUGAUAAGGACAUUGUUCCUGGUCAUGGCUCCAACCAUCUCCCAGCUCUCAAAGGUGCAUGGGUUAAGAAGCUAAAUGUUGCGACUUCUUCUCACCAGUGCUCUGGUACUUCUGGAGUUGAUCCAGUAUUGUGGCCUUCCUUGGCUGUCUCUUCUCGCAGUCAGACACAAGUAGGAGGAUGAUGCUCGCUUUCCUUGGGCAGCAAAAAUGAAUCCAUCAUCAAGGAAUCUCUACAGAGCUACAGAACCCGAAUAUCUUGAAGAUGGCACUCCUAAGGUAACAAUCCCUAAACAUGUUUUGUUGCAGGGAUUGGAGAACCAAAAAGAGUAUGUUCUUGGUCAGUUUAAUACAUGCUCUCCUCCGCCUGGUGGUCUGAUUUUUGCGGUCUUCAGCAAGUUGUGGGGAAGGAAUUGCAGGAUAACAAUUAAGAAACUUGAAGAAUCAAGCUACCUAUUCCAUAUUCCAGACGCAUCUACUAGAACUUGGGUUCUUCAAAGGGGAUUAUGGCAUGUUGACGAUUGUCUGAUGUUCGUAGCACAUUGGACACCAAAAGCUUCUUUAGCGAUUCCUGAGAUUAUAACCAUUCCAGUAUGGGUAACUCUUAAGAAGAUACCCACCAUCUUAUAUUCUAUCCCUGGAAUAAGUCACAUAGCUUCGGGUCUAGGUGCUCCUAUGGCAACUUAUAAACCCAGGUUAGAUCCUAUUCUUACGGACGAAGCUAAGAUUUUGGUUGAAGUUGAGUUGAGUAAAGGUUUCCCUUCAAGAAUUGCUGCUAAUGAUGAAAAUGGAUUUAUUUCUAUGGUUGAUGUUGAUUAUGCUUGGUUACCUUCUAAAUGUGAAAGAUGUGGUCAGCUUGGACACAAGAUUAAACAUUGCUUGCAAUCUGCUACUGAGUCUCAUUUAGUUGACACUAAUCUCUAUGAAAAUCCUUCCAAUGGUAGCUUGGUGGUUGUCGAGACCAACACACUACUGAAAUCUGUCCAACCUGACACUUCUUUACUUCCAUCUUCAGACACCACAUUAUCUCCUCCAUCUUCAAAAUUUUGUCUUGAAUCAAGUGUGGUCGACAUAGUUAAUGGUGCUGAUGUGGAGGAUCUUGUUUCCUUAGCUACUAUUUCGGUUCUUGAGAACAUGUAUAUGUCUCCUUCAAUUAUAUGUAUAAAUGAGCUAUUGAGUCUCCGAUUAUGGAGUUUGCCUCAACACUGCCACUCAUCGACACUUCCAUUGCUCAAGCCUCACCUAUAG